CAAAAAGGCGCGAAUUCAGUUUGAAGGCCAAAGUACUGAAAUCGUGGAUCGUUUUGUAGUUAGCCGUCAAUCCGGAAAUCUCUGCACGCUUUUUGUAAAGUCAAUCGUCCAUAUCACAUGCUAAACUAAUUGUCAUCAUCAUCAUCAUCACCGACAUCGCCAACAUGUUAUUCUAGUCAUCACAAUUCGAACAGAAGAAAAUCCCGCUGGAAAACAAAAUAUAUAUACAUAAAUUACAACAACCAGGGACAGAUGAAUAAUGAUAUUUUUAGAAAUUCUUAAUCGAGCUGUCGAAGAAUCCCUUUUAUAUCGAUUUGAAAAUGCUAAAAAUGGUUUGAAAUUUGAAAAAUUCGAUCAAACAUUAGCUGAUUUCGAUGGAGCUCUUUAUCGUAUACACAGUGUACCGAAUGAUCGAGCGAAAAUUAUUGUCAGUUUGACAUUGAAUUUUUUCAAAGAAUUACAAGAACACGGAACAAAUGAGGUGUUGAAACGAGAAUAUGCCCAGUAUUUACUAAGCCAACCUGAAGAUGGUUGUAGUGUUUCUCUGCUGUACGACUUGGAGAAUUUACCAGAGGAUUAUAGUCAGUUAGCACAGAAAGCUGCACUGCUGAAAAGAAAUUGUUUUGCUGCUGUAUUUGAAAAGUUUUUUGAAUUUCAAGCUUUGGGUGAAGAAGCUGUCGGCGGUUGUAAAACAGCUGUUAUACAUUAUCGACCUGAUGAAACACUUUACAUUAGUGCACUUGCCGACCGUGUAACCGUGAUAUUCAGUACUGUUUUCAAAGAACCUGAUGAUUUAAUCAUUGCUAAAGUAUUUCUUCAGGAGUUAACUGAAGUUCGACGUCGUUUUGAUCGAGCACCUCAAGUGCUGUAUUCACAGUCAACACCGCCAACUGAACUCCUUGGAACUAAUGCAGCUGUCGGUGAAAAUGUAGCCUAUAUUACAUUUGUUCUCUUCCCUCGACAUCUAACACCACAAGCUACACCGCGUACAAUCAAUCUUAUGCAUACAAUACGUAAUUAUUUACACUAUCAUAUAAAAUGUUCAAAAGGUUAUAUUCAUCGAAGAAUGAGAGCUAAAAGUUUAGAAUUUAUCAAGAUAUUAAAUCGUGCUAGACCACAGUAUUAUACUUCUACAGUGAAUCCUGUUAUACAAAUCGGUCAUCAAACAAUCAAUAAUAUCAAUCGAUCCACCUAUUCAACAUCAUUCAUGAUAACUGACGACAGCUGUCUACUGACAAACGGGGAGGAGAAUAAUGGGUGUUGUUCAUAUAAUAGUAUAGAUGACAGUGAAGAAAUUGUCGAUGGUAAUCAUAUUCUUGAUGCAGCUGUAUCGAAAUUGUCUACGAUGAAUAUGAAUACUCCUCCAGGAGUAGGAGGAGAAGGACGACAACAACAGCAACAAGUCAAACAGAAACAACCAGCUCCACAACCGCCGCCGAUUGUACCUCGUAAAAUAUCAUCAUCAACAACAACAGCAAAUACCCUGCCUCAAUCCUCAGAUUUUAUGCUCAAUAAUGGUUAUAUGUAGGAAAUGUAGAGUCGAAAUGCAAGACAGAAUUCUAAAGAUAUAUAUGCACAUAUGCCUACGUAUUUCUUCAAACUUUCUUUCGUAUCUCUGUGUGUGUGUGUGCGUGCGAGCGCUCGUGUCCUCUCGGUGUACCCUUGUUCCCCUUUUCAAUUUACAAACCAACGGCUGGACGUGUGUCUGUGCGUGUGCCAACAAACUGCGUCUACCAUUUAUCUAUAAUAUAUCUAUAGUGCUGAUAUAUUCUCUAUACAAGAUGCUAUGUAUGCAGAUAGUCGUAGCACUAGUAUCUACGUAUGUAUCUGUUCAUUGUAAUGUGAAACGUGAAGGUGAUGAUGACGAGAUUGUAUGAAAUAAUAAUGAUGAUUAGGCGUAAACUAGUCCUAUAUGGCUAUUGAAUAUUUAUCCCUCACGAGAUUCUCGUUGUUAGUCUGUUUUCUUCAUUCGCAGAAGAUGAACAUCUCAUCACAGAUAACAUCUAUCUAUCUAUAUAUAUACUACUUAUUGUCACUUUUGAUAGUAAUAUGUGAAUAAUAGUAGUAGAAGUAGUAGUAAUUAUUAUUAUUAUUAAUCUUGCAGAUUUAAUGUGUACCCUCCGUGUAUACAGGUGGGUGGGUGUGUCUGUCUGUGUGUGUGUAUAAGAUGCAGUUGUUAGUUGUUGAUGAUCAUGAUGAUGAAGUCGUUGAAGUUGUUCCUCCCCCAGUCGUUGAAGUUGUUCUUGUUGCUGUUGUUAUCUAAUUAUGAUGCAUUAAUAUAAUAAUUAUUCAAUGAGAAUAUCUGUUAAAAUUGUUUUUCACUUUUCAUCUACUCGUGCUUGGGGAGUAUUUUUUUGCCAGUUUGUUUGUAUGUAUGUAUGUGUGUGAUGAAGAAGAUGUUGAACUGAGGAAGUAGUAGUAUCACGCAUUUAUUAUUAUUGUUAUUAUUAUUAUUAUUACUAAUAU